CUCUUCUGGAUCGGAGACAUAUUUCAACCGGUGUCAUCAGUAGAAGCUGGAAGAUUUAAGGUUUUCAAAAUGUCAAUUGCCCGAGCGGCGGCCAAGGCCAUGCUAUCUGAUGCCCUGCUGCAGGACAGCCCUGGGAUAAACCGGAUGAGCCACCUGGAGCUGGAGCUUCCCCUGGACAAGGUCAUCAAAUAUGUCUCCGUCGGCCUUCCGCUGUUGCUGGUGUGCAUGGCGUUUGCCCGCGAGAUCUCGUUGGGGCCUCAGAUCAGCUGCUUCCCUCCCAGCAACUUCACCAUCAAGCAAGCCAGCUAUGUAGACACGUACUGCUGGGACUCUCUCAUGCACCACGAGUUCGACAGCGAGGGGAACUUCGAGGAGCGCUCCCUCUGGGUUCACAAAAUGUUCCCUUACUCUCUUCUGGCCAUGGCAGUGCUGAUGUACCUGCCAGCUCUGAUUUGGCGCCAGCUCGUCAUGCCCACACUGGGCUCAGACCUGCUCUUCGUAAUUGAUGAACUAGACAAGUCAUACAACCGCUCGAUCCGACUGGCCCAGAACAUUUUAGACAUGCGGCAGAACACCCAGAACCCGCUCACGUUCCAGGCUGAGCUGCAGAGGGCCAAGAAGAAGCGCUACUUUGAGUACCCUCUGCUGGAGAGAUACAUGCAGUGCAAACAGAACUCCUACUUCCUCGUUAGCAUGCUGUUCCUGCGCGGCUUCCUCCUCCUCACCUUCAUGACGACGGCGUGCCUCUACCUGGCCUACUUCCACCUCUCGGCCUUUGUGCAGGACGAGUUCAGCUGCUUCGUCCGCACGGGCAUGCUGCGCGACCAGAACUGGGUCCCGGAGCUGGUUCAGUGUAAAAUGAUCGGCCAGUUGGUCUUUCAGGUGAUCAGUGUGGCCAACGGUGCCAUCUACAUCCUGCUGGCUCCCAUUGUUCUCUUCAGUCUGAUCCGGCUCUUCGUUUGGGACACCACGUUCAUCACCGUCUAUGAGAUCCUUCCAGCUCUGGACCUCACCAACCGCCGCAGGCUGGGCUGCCCACUGAACGACCUCAACGUCCUCCUGCUGUUUCUGCGCGCCAACGUGACCCACUUGAAGUCCUACGGGAAAGUGAGGGCACUGUGCUCGCUGGCGCCGCCACAGGUCGGCAACGGCAACGCGGGGCAGGGCUUGAACGCGAUGCUGAGCCAAGAGGAGAUGGAGGAGCGCGAGGAGGCUGCGAGGGAGCUGGCAGAGGAGGUGGAGGAGGCCAAGGAGGAAGGGAAGCUCAACUUGGUGGAUAUCAUGACUAUUCUGGGCGCAGCGCAGGGGAGAGUGGUAAACUGCGGCGAGAAGAGGCCUCUAGUGGAGGAGGAUAUGACUCUGGAGCCAAACCACCACGGGUACCAUGAGUUGAAGGAGACAGCACCGUUUAGUCAUUACUAGGCCUCCUAUGGACUGAAUCAAUGUGAUAACAAAGGGGCGGGGGGAUGGUUGGCACACUCUCGACAGUAGAUUUUCAAGAGUACUGUACUCACUUAGGCUGUGGACACCAAUCAUAGAUUUACGCUGUGUGAAGACAAAAAAAAACUCUUUUAGAAUCACAGGGACAUUUGUUGUGGCUGGAAACUUCCGAGGAUUUGGAUUUUGCCACUGGUCAUUUUGACAGCUUAUUUUAAGAAACCAGGAAGUAAGUGUCAUGUCAUGAUUAUAUAUAUUUAUAUAACACUUUUUUUUCUUAAAAUGUUUGUAAAGCACACUGAGAUCACUUUACAUCCACCCAGGACUGUAUUUGUGAGCUGGACAACUGUUUUCAUUUUUCUGAACAUGGGAAUUGUCAUUAUCAACUCAUCGUUUGUUGUUGUUUGUUGAGAGCAAACCAUUUUAGUAGCAACCAUGCAUUCCACUGUCAGAAACUGUCUGCAACUUAUUUAAUGAACUUUAAUAAGAAGGUAAGCUAAGUUACCUCCCGUUCCUUCUUCCUAAGUUGCUGAUUCUUGUAAUUUGUGUACUCGUUUUCCUUCUUUUCUUCCUUUCUUAUCAUGUACUCGGCAAAAAAAAAAGAUGGAGUUAAUCUUUCUGUGAAUUCUAUUCAAUGUAUUUAAUGCUCUGAAUAAACAAACCCGAUGUUA